AUGGACGACGAUGGCGCAGAAAUCGAGCUCCUCGAGCAAAACAUGAACAAGACGCGUCAAAUAUCGCGUCGGAUGUCUUCAAUCCUGACUACCUUUGAAUCUCGUCUCGUGAAGCUUGAGAAAUCAGUCCUCCCACUGUACACCUCGACCCAGAAGCUCAACUUACGGGCUCAUAACAUCGAUCGAGCUUUACUCAAGAUAGAUGAACUCGCCAGUAGUCAGGAAGGGAUAGCGGAAGAAGAGGGGCUUAUUCUCCGAGGUCCUCAACCUGGCCAACUUGACACCUACAUUACGACGUUGGAGAAGCUCAAUGCAUCCAUAGCCUUCAAGUCUGCUUCAGACUCCCGCGAUGCUGCAACGCUAGUCCAAUCCGGCGCCAAUAAGCUUGCGUCACUUUACACCAAGCUCGUCGCAGAAGCGUCCUCCGGAUCGCCCUCCACAGUGGCCUCGACAGCUUUCCCCCCAAACAUCUUGUCGAUACUCACCCCUCUUGUUGCCGCUCUUCGCUCCCUGCCACUCCCGUCGACACACCCUUCCCACCCUGCAGCGUCCGCCAUCCGCUCGGCGCUUGCUUCGGCUCAGACUGGUUAUGCGGAUAUGCGGGGCUCGUGGCAUAGACGCGCCCUUUCAGGCCCAGCAAAGCGUCUUGUGGAUCGCGCGGAGAAUGUCGACGGCGUCGCUAUGGGCAAGGAGUUCAGCGAUUGGCUUGAUCGACUCUUGAGCGCAGCCGAGAGCGAACAUGCCUCCUUAAUCUCCCUUGCGCCGCUCCCCACACCCUCUCUCAUUGCACAAGCAUACACUACGCUUCUCACCCCGCUCUUUCAACUAUUCACCGAGACAAUUAACUCCCUGAACAACAUCGUCCGCCGAAACCUACACAAACAUGCCUUCCUUGCUCUCGGGCUGUACACAUCUCUACAAGACAGUUCUCUCUACAGCCGCUGGGAACGGAUUGCCACGAGACGCGAGGACUCUUCUACCUCUGGCUCGACGUCCACCGCCAAUAUGGGAGCCGACGCCCGAGGAGGGGGCGGGACGCUGCCUUCGGAGCACAAAGACGCGAUGAACUCGGUCAGGGCUGUGUGUCUCCGGAGCUUUCCCGAGCUACUCGCGGACAUCAAGAUGGCGGGCGCGCCGACCGCUCCUACGGCCAAGUCGGGUGCGGACAAGGGCCUGGAUAUUGGGACCAGUACUGUAAACUAUCUUGCGAAGAUACCGAGUGUCCAUAGCGCUGUUGGGUCGGCGCUUGUUGCGCUGGGAGACGGGAACUGGAAGAUGGGUGCCGCGAGCAAGGUCGGGAAAAGCACGUUUGGCGAGGGCGACGAGGCGGUUUUGGUGCAGCACUUUGUCUUCGACGUCGUCAAAGAGCUCAUCACAACGAUCAACUCCCUCUCGAAACAACACCGCAAGCCAGCCUCAGGGUCCAUCUUCCUUCUCAACAACAUCACCUAUCUCCGCUCGCGCCUUCUGUCUGUCCCGCAACACACCACCAGCCCUUUGAAUGGGGCUACUACCGUGCUCGACACGAUGUCCCAGCCCUCACGUGAUGCGCUAAGCUCCGCUUGGCGCACCGCCAAAGCAGGGUACCUCGACUCGCACCUUGCGUCGCUCCUGGGCGCGUUUAGCGAGGCGUCGAGUGCGAGCGCAGGCAAGGCGGCGGCGAAGGAGGCGUUCGUCAAAUUCUACGAGGCGCUCGAGGAGGUGCUUGAACGGCACAAGGGCGUGCGCGUGCUCGGCGAUGUGAUCGACGGCGAUGGGAAGGGCGGGACGUGGGACGAGGGCACGGAGAGGGGUGCGCUGGAGGACGAGGUGAUUAGGCUGGUUGUGCCGGCGCUGAGGGCUUUCGUGCAGAAGCAAAAAGACCGGGAGUUCAGUAAGAACCCCCAGAAAUAUAUCAAGUUCUCGCCGGAGGAGGUUGAGAAUCAGUUGAGAGGUCUGUACAAUAGAUGA